AAAGAAAAAGCAGAGUGAAUGUGCGUGUAUGGGAUUAUAUAUAUAUAUAUAUAUGAACACAACAUAGAUUGAUUAAGAUUCCUGUCCCACUCACUCCUCUCCACUCAUCACUACCUGCACUGCUCCUCCGCCGUCGCCGCCACCACCACCACCACCCUCCCUCCUUUAAUUCAUCCACUCAAUUUUGGGGGAGGAGCAGCUCCACCACCACCACCACAACCACCCUUCAUCUAUCUAUUAUUAGCCAUUCAUUUUAUUGCUCUCUUCAUAUCAUCCUACAAAAUCACAAAUUAAAUGGCUUCUUCCUUAAAUAUCAUCUUCAUCACUCUCCUCCUCCACCUCUCCCAAGCCAAGGGUGCAACAUUCACAUUUGUAAACAAAUGCUCACAAACAAUUUGGCCAGCAAUUCUAGGAAGUCCGGAGCUCGAAACCACAGGUUUCGAGCUCAAGAAAUCCGGUUCACGCGCCUUCCAAGCGCCAACCGGCUGGUCCGGCCGCUUUUGGGGCCGGACCGGCUGCAAUUUCGAUGAAACCGGCCACGGCUCCUGCCAAACCGGCGAUUGCGGCUCCGGCCAAUUGGAGUGCAACGGCGCCGGAGCUACCGCCGCCACGCUCGCCGAAUUCACCCUCGGCUCCGGCUCCGGCUCCAUGGACUUCUACGACGUCAGCCUCGUAGACGGAUACAACCUUCCGAUGCUCGUCGUGCCCGGCGGUGGCGGAUCGGGGCAGUGCGCGUCGACCGGGUGUCUCGAGGACAUCAACCAGAGGUGCCCGGCGGAGCUGAGGGCGGGGAGCGGCGGCGCGUGCCGGAGCGCGUGCGACGUUUUCAACACGCCGGAGUACUGCUGCAAGGGCGAGUACGGAUCGCCGGCGACGUGCAAGCCGUCGGCGUACUCGCAGGCGUUCAAGAGCGCGUGCCCUAAGUCGUACAGCUACGCCUACGACGACGCCACCAGCACCUUCACCUGCACCGCCGCGGAUUACGUCAUCACCUUCUGCCCCUCCCACUCUAGCCAAAAAUCAUCAAAAUCGGAUGAUGCUACCAGUACCACGACGGAUGAUUCCGGGUCGGGUUCGGAGCCCGGAUCCGAAACAGGGACCGGGGCGGGAACCGGAUCCGGGUCGGUGCAGGAGGCGAUUUUGGCGGACGGAUCAUGGUUGGCGGAUUUGGCAACGGGGGACUCGAGUCCUAGUGCCACAGUGCAAGCAUUGCUGGCAGUUAUUGUUGUACAUCUAGCUGUUUCACUUGUACUUUUUCAAUUGUAACAUUUGUUUUUUAGUGUUAGAGAUAAUAAUCGGAAAAGGAAAGCUACGAAUUUAUGUCAAAUGAAAAUUCAUGUCAUUAUAAAUAAUGUGAAAACGACUCGCCUUUAUAUUUCA